AUGGACCUGUACUUGCCCAGCUCAGUGGAUCGUGUAAGUGGACAUAUUGCAUUCAUCAAGGCAUGCUGGAAAUUCACACAGACAGACAUCUCGCUUGAAGAUGUAGCGGGGAUAUCAGCAAAUGCCAGUGAGUACUUUGUUGACACCAGGGCUGUGAAUAGCUCGACGCCAGUGUUUGUUCCUUUGAGACUGCAUAGAGAAGAUGUUCAGAAUAGAAUAAGGGACUAUAGAGCAUUUCUGGGUAACUUUGAUGACUCACAGAGGUACGGUAUCAUCAUCAACAUGUAUUGGGUAGUGAUGAUCACGUGGUUUGCAAUGUGUAAUAAGCUGAAGAAGACCAGAUGGAACGAGAAGAUCGUUUCAAGGCGGAUAAACUUCCUCAGAGCAAAUAUAUCACUACCUUUACUAUUUGGAUCACAUCAGACUCCAUUCAACAUGGCCCCAUGGUUAACCACCCUACUACCGACAUUUGGCGAUUCACUGGUUCUCCUUGGCUACUUUGCGUUGAAUGUAUUCUUCUUGUUCCAUAACUACAAGAUUACAGAGGAUAAUCAACUUUUUGGACCAAACUCCAAUACCUUACAAACGGCAAGAUACCUUGCGGACAGGGCCGGUGUUCUAUCAUUUGCACACUUCCCACUGUUGGUAUUAUUCGCCGGUAGAAACAAUAUCCUUAUUGGAUUCUCUGAAUUGCCUUAUGCAACGUUUAUGAUAUUCCAUAAAUGGACUGCAAGGGUUAUGGUUGUGCAUGCAACGUUACACACAUUGGCGUACCUGUGGAUGCUUUGGUAUAAAGGAUCAUUUGCGGUCUUUAUCCAUGAAUGGUGGUUUGUCAUGGGGGUAUUGGCUAUUGUCUUGGGAGUACUGAUCCUGUUAUUUGCUGCUCACUACUUCAGAGUACGAUUUUACGAAUGGUUCUUGGUAUCCCAUAUAGUCUUUGCAUUGCUGUUCUUUAUAUCAUGCUGGGAGCAUUGUGUGACAUUUGGCUGGCUUGAUUGGAUCGCAUGUGCAUUUGCUUUUUGGAUCACUGAUAGAUUGAUCAGAAUCUAUAGGUUGGCUCGAUUUGGUGCACCAAGGGCCACCAUAGAACAUAUCUCAGACGACACGUUCAAAGUGAGUGUUAAGAGACCACACAAUUGGAAACCAUACCCUGGAUGUUUUGUCUUCAUCCAUUUCUUACACUGGUCAAUCUUCUGGCAAUCGCAUCCUUUCACCAUUGUUGAUUCAGUGUUAGAAGACGAGCAAGUGACAAUCUAUAUUAAAGCCAAGGAUGGUCUAACGGGUCAGAUUGCCAAGCUGCUGUCACACACUGGCCAGAUAUCCAUGAGAGUGUCAUUGGAGGGACCUUACGGCAACCAAUCCCCGUGCGAGAACUAUGAGAAUGUUAUUCUAUUUGCCGGUGGUAAUGGUAUACCGGGGCCCUUCUACCAUGCUCUGCACUUAGCAGAAGGCUCUAGACUACUACCCAAGUCCAAGAUACGACUGAUUUGGAUCAUCAGAUCUGUCGACUCCAUCAAAUGGUUCGAGCCGGAGUUGAAGCGACUGUGCAGGACAAAGAUACAGUGUGACAUCUACAUAACCAGGGGCUUCGAAGCGUCCAUGGUGCGUGCAAACCCAUUGCUUUCACAGUUCAAACACCAUAUAACGUUCCACAGUGGGAGAGCCCCGUCUGCAAAGAUCCUACACCAGGAAUUUGAACUGUGCUCAAGUUCCUUAGCCAUUGUGACCUGUGGUCCUGGAAUGAUGUGCGACGAGAUACGGCACGUGGUUGCAAAGAGCGUGGAGGACGUCGACUACCGUGUUGAUCUAUUUGAAGAGCUACAAGUCUGGUGA